UAAAUACCAGGGACCACUCAGGUUGGUCAGCUGGACAUCUGGCUUCCCAGGCAACAUGAAGGCUUUCCUUAUUCUGGGGUUACUCCUCUUUGCCAUUACUGUCCAAGGCAAGGUCUUUGAAAGAUGUGAGUUGGCCAGAACUCUGAAAAGAUAUGGACUGGAUAACUUCAAGGGAAUCAGCCUGGCAAAUUGGAUAUGCUUGACUAAAUGGGAAAGUGAUUAUAACACACGAGCUAUAAACUAUAAUCCAGGAAGCGGAAGCACUGAUUAUGGGAUAUUUCAGAUCAAUAGCCGCUACUGGUGUAAUGAUGGAAAAACCCCAAAGGCUGUCAAUGCCUGUGGUAUAUCCUGCAAUGUUUUACUACAGGAUGACAUCACUGAAGCUGUUAAGUGUGCAAAGAGGGUAGUCAGUGACCCACAAGGCAUCAGAGCAUGGGUGGGAUGGAAAAACCAUUGUCAAAAUAGAGAUGUCUCUCAGUACAUACGGGGUUGUGGAGUAUAACUGGAAUUUCCCUUCUUCAGCCCAUUUUAUUUCUUUCUCAUAUUAGAGGAAUAGCAGUUGAGGGGAAGGUCACAGAACCACUUUUUUCUUCAAACAAAUAGCAUUUUUACAGAAGUAGAAAAACAAAACACAGUCUUUGUUUUAAGAGACAUAAUGUCUAUGAAUGUGUUUGUAAUUUUACAUGAAGCCUACAACAAUUUUCAGUUUGCCAACAGAAUGAAUGUUUGUGAAAUUUAGACUAUCUAAUACAUUUCCAGUACAUUCAACAGUCAGCGGACAGGCACUCUAGCUUUAAGACCAGAGUUUCAUAGUGGCCUCAAAAGAAACCCAACAUAUAGAAAAGCUUAUCUGAAGAGACUGGUGUGUGUGACCUUUAUUCUAAUGGAAAGGAUUUUUUUUAAUGUUGCUUUUAUAUAGCUUUAAAAAUAAAAUCACAAUUUAUGUAUCAAUCUAUUUUUUACUCCUUUAAAGAACUCUUAAGCACCUGGCUUGUUAGAAAAAAAAUAAAGGAUUAGUUGAGCUGUUGCUGUUUUAAUUUAUAUUGACCUGGAUUCAUGCAUUAUGACUAAACACAGAGGCAGAUGAAUUUGCAAGUAUUGAAGUAAAUGUAGUUAAUCACAGGUGUGAAAUUAUGCAUGUUGUAAACAAGACAAACAUCUUUUCAUUAAAGGCUUUGCAAUUCA